AUGAAGGCUACACCAUUGCUCAUCGCCUGGCAUAACGACAACACCCCCAUCUACUCGGUCCACUUCGAUCCCAAUGGGAAGGGCCGUCUGGCUACGGCUGGAAAAGUGGAUUCGACUGGCGAAGAUCGAACCGUCACGUAUCUGAGUACACUGGUGAAACACACGCAAGCCGUCAAUGUCGUUCGGUUCAGCCCCAAAGGUGAGAUGCUGGCAUCUGCUGGGGAUGAUGGCAACGUCCUCCUUUGGGUGCCGUCGGAACUACAAACGCAGCCUGGCCUCGGAGAGGACCGAUCGGAUGAUAAAGAGACAUGGCGGGUGAAGCACAUGUGUCGCUCGUCAGGUGCUGAAAUCUACGACCUUGCCUGGUCUCCAGAUGGCGUCUUUAUCAUCACGGGGAGCAUGGAUAACAUUGCUCGUAUCUACAAUGCCCAAACUGAUCCUCUCAACGAGUUCGUCGCAACUCAGUCGUCGGAUCGCUCAGUUCACAUCUACAGCCUGAAAACGAAAGACGGCCAAUUUACCCUCACGUCUCAUGGCAAGUUUCUAAAGAUGGACCUACCGGCCAAACGAAUUUCGUCCAGUAGCCCGGCGCCUCCAGACCCUUCAAUCCGGUCUCAGCCACCUCCCAGCAGCUCUGUGACUAUCACCUCCCCAGCGCCAUCAACGCCAGGGACCCCAAUGACUUCGAAUUUACCCAUGGAUCCCCCGCCAGUAUCCCAUAGCCGUCGGUCCUCAUUUGGGUCCUCUCCGUCGAUCCGCCGUUCUGCCUCGCCAGCUCCCUCAUUACCGCUGCCUGCAGUCAAGCCCCUUGAAGUACCGUCCCCGGGGGUGCUGAGCGGUCUCGGGGUCAAGAACGCCAGCAUCUACGCCAAUGAGACUUUCACAUCUUUCUUCCGGCGAUUGACGUUUGCUCCAGACGGUAGCUUACUGUUCACUCCUGCCGGCCAGUAUAAGACAUCUCAUGUAUCAGCAACGGACCCGGCGAAGACUACCGACGAAAUUAUCAACACGGUCUACAUCUACACCCGAGCGGGUUUCAACAAACCGCCCAUCUCCCACCUCCCGGGCCAUAAGAAACCAUCCGUUGCAGUCAAAUGCUCUCCGAUUUACUACACCCUACGUCAGGCCCCUCAGCCUGCCCGCCAUAUCACCCUUGAUACUUCUUCCGGCGAAGAAUCUUUCGCUUCUCUGCCUGAGCCGGUCGUCAAAUCUUCAACCGAACGCCCCUCAAUGGAACCACCGUCAACCAGUGCGACGAAUGAUUCGUCAAAGAGCAGCCAGCCCUCUAAAGAUGACAGCGCUGCCGCCCCGUCCCCUGCACCCGUCUUCUCUUUGCCAUAUCGCAUAGUGUACGCUGUCGCCACACAGGAUGCUGUAAUGGUGUACGAUACCCAACAGCAAACGCCGAUAUGUGUGGUCAGCAACCUUCACUUUGCCACAUUCACAGAUCUGACGUGGUAA